GAAAAGUAAAAACUCGAAGAAAUAAAGAAGAGAUCAUGGGUGAAAAUCCUACCCACAACAAGAAAACUGGUUUGCCUAGAAAACGUUUUUAUCGAGCCCGUGCUCAUAGUAAUCCCUUAAGUGACUCACAUUUUCCGAUUCCUAUUUCUCCUGAGGAAGUUGAUUAUUCUCUACAUUAUCCUGAAGUGGUUAGAGUUGAUCCUUCUAAAAGGAUCGAGUUUGCUGAUGUUGGUUGUGGAUUUGGUGGUUUACUGAUUGCGCUCGCGCCCCUUUUCCCUGAUAAUCUUAUGAUUGGGAUGGAGUUGCGGGACAAGGUGACUGAGUAUGUGAAGGAGCGGAUUUUGGGGUUGAGGACGACUAAUCCUGGUCAAUAUCAGAAUAUUUCAGUGGUACGGACAAAUUCAAUGAAGUAUAUUCCUAAUUAUUUUGGGAAAGGACAGCUUAAAAAGAUGUUUUUCUUGUUCCCGGAUCCUCAUUUUAAAGAGAAGAAUCAUCGUCGACGUGUUAUUAGUCCAUUCUUGUUAGAUGAGUAUGCGUAUGUGCUUGCAGUUGGUGGAAUUAUAUACACAAUAACGGAUGUUGAGGAGCUUGGUGAGUGGAUGAAAUCAUGUUUGGAAGAACAUCCGAUGUUUGAGGCACUUACUACUGAAGAACUUGAAGCUGAUCAGGUUGUAAAGCUUCUUACUGCUGCAACUGAAGAAGGACAAAAGGUAGCACGCAACGGUGGACAAACAUUCCGAGCUGUUUUUAGACGAAUUGCAGCUCACUGAAUGGUAUGGUCAAAUUCUAGGGAUUUUUCGU